AUGUCCCGGCAAUCCCAGCAACAAUUCCGUGAUGCGUUUGAAGAUGACAAGCCCCCUCGUACACCCCCGUCGCAGACUGACAGGUACAAGCCUGCGAAACGAGGCCGCCAGACGCGUCCAUCCGUGCGGGAUACGUUUGCCGAUCACAUUACAUCCAAUGAGACCGAGGGAAGUAGUGGUGACCCGGUCGAUGGACGGGACUCGCAUGACUUGUCUCUGUCGCCCACUCAUGCUGCCAGAACCUCGAUCGUCGACAAUAUGCUUCUCUCCCUAGACCAGUUCGCUCAGACAGGCUUCGAUCUAGAAGACUAUCGCCUGUAUAAUUCUAUUUUCGAGUCAGAUCCGUACCAGAUGGAUUCACCAGAUUCCCCCCGACGAGCCCCCUAUCGGGGCCAUACGUAUUCUUCCUCAAUUUCAUCAAACGACGAUGGAGCCGGCAGUUACAUAGAUCGAACAGUGAGAGGUCGCCGGAGUAAUAGCAGCUCAAACUAUCGCUCUGGCUUUGCGAAUAGCCGCAUCAGAGAGGUAACUCACUCACGAAGUGUGGUCGGCACUCGAGCCAAUGGUUCAAGACACAGCAGUGGCGGUAGCUCUUGUUCCAACACUGACUUUGGACCUGCUCGGUCCAAGGCGCGGCUGGGCUCUGCGGGUGAACGACGCUCUGCAAGCUUUGACUACGGUAUGAGACGAGCCUAUAUGUCUCUUGCGGAAUCUGCCUAUGAUCAUGACACGCUGCUGUACAAUGGAAUCGACGCAGCACCCACUCCAAGUGUCCCUGCAGGACCCAGAAAGCAGUUUUCUACCGUUCAGGACGACUUCUCUGUACACUCACUUACCAAUCAGUUGUCACAAACGCCCGUAUCCUCCCGGAAAAGCAGCCUGAAGUCCGCACGCACCAACCAUACAAGGAAGAGUCGCCCCGAGAAUCUCGCUACAGAUACGGUCAAGAAUUACAACAAGAACUUGGGUGCAGUCUUACAGCCACCGCUAGAAUCACCUGCCCCCAGUCCAUCUAUAUCUUUUAACAAGCAACAUUCACCUCCAGCCGAGCAAGCAUCUGCCAAAGAACGACCUGGAUUUUUCCGUCGCGUCUUCGGAUCAUCGAAAACUUCGGCAACCGAGCCCUCAGACCACGCCGAGGCACAGCGUCCCCAGGAAAGCGACCAAAAAGUCUCAGAUGGACGGCACACAAUACCAAGGGGACGCAGACAAAAACCACAAGUGGUGAAUAAAAAGCCUUCUUUCUUCCGUCGACGAAAGAAGUCCGUGGUAGACUCAGCGCCACCGCCAAUUGUUCUUCCUCAGAAACUCCACAACCCGAAAACGGCGGACAUAAUGAAUGCUGAACCCAGUCCUGUGAGCAGCCUGAGACAGGUUAUGGACUCCUACAUUGGGAAUACUGCCUCUUCUGCAUACCUUGACCCUAAAGAGUGUCGCUACCCCGAAAAGAGCGGCAGCGAUGUAGAAGACAAAACAAGCUCAGCGCACCUUCAAACACAGAAACGGCGGAACAGCGCCGCUCCUCUCAGUGAGGAGCCAAAGAGUAGAUAUAGCCUUGAUCCUACCAUUUCCUCCCGUGAUCCAAAUCCUUCAUCGUCAGCUGCUAGUGUGUGCGGAAAAGGGGAUUAUGUCGCCAAAUCGAACGAUACCGAGGCUGGCCAGCAUCUCCCCUCUUUACAGAAGUUAGACGAAGCGAGGAGUUUUAUUUCUGCCCCAGACCUCUCGCCUGCAACUAAAGACCACUUCCAAGAAGGCCUGGCGGGUUCUAGACUUUCCAAUGGCCAAAGUGCAGGAGCUGUAGAGGAAUUGGAAGAAGCAAAUGCUGCAGGUAAAGUUAAUAAACAGGUGCCUUCCAGUGCCAUAAUCACUAAAGCCUCUGAUGAUCAUACCCCGUCCAGCACACUGGUGACUUCAACGGAAAAUCAAAAGCCGGCCGAGUUUACUAAAGGAAAAGCUGCUACCUCUGAUGACCUCGCCGAUGAAUCACCGAGUGUGGAGGACAGGGAACGGUCGCGGAGGCUCUUUGAUAGCCCAGAUGAAGUCAUGGGCGAUGAACCAACCGCAGCAUGGCUUGGUGAACCCGACCGUGCUAUGAUCCGAAAGGCGUACAUGGAGCUGUUCAAGUGGUCUAACAUGGACAUUCUUGCAGCGCUACGGGACAUGUGUACUCGUCUCGUACUGAAAGGAGAAACGCAGCAAGUGGACAGAGUCUUGGAUGCUUUCUCUACUCGGUGGUGCGAGUGUAAUCCAAACCACGGGUUCAAAGCUACAGACGUCGUCCACACCAUUUGCUAUUCCAUCCUCCUCUUAAAUACCGAUCUCCAUCUGGCGGAUAUUGACCAGAAGAUGACAAAAAAUCAAUUCGUUCGGAAUACCAUGCCAACCAUUCAUCGAGUAGCAGUCGAUGCAGCACCGGACAGUUUUGGGGUUCCGCGUGCUGGCGACCGACCCAAAGCUGGUGACAAUGCCUCAGAUUACUCUUUCCACACCGAUGCUGGGCUUCUGGUCAAUAAGCCAUUUAAUGGGACGAUAAGAGCAUGGGAAACGCAGGUUGAGAUAGUCCUCAGGGACUUCUAUACAUCUAUUCACAAGAACAGGCUUCCUCUUCAUGGAUCGCGGCCGGGGAACGAAGAAUCUCGGGCAACGCCGUCAAAUAAUUUACUCAGCCCUACGAAUGGCGGCCUGCGCAGGAGCCCUAGUACAAUAAGCAAAAGCGGCUCUGAUAUCUUUCCCCGAGCUCGCUCCGCUGAUUCUCGUUAUGGUGGAGGCGCCCGUUGGUCUUCAAAGGCACGCUCGCGGACACGGUUAUACCCUCCGUCGUACAUGGGCUCCAGCCGCACCAGCCUAGAUGAUCAGUCUUCUCUCUGGAGUCCUUCUGCAUCCAGUACCUGGAGUAAAUACUCUCUAGGAAAGUUUACCUCGGUAUCUGUUGAUUCGCUGGGUUCAGAUUACCCACGCGGAGAUUAUCAACAAUCUAUCGGGUUUGCCAAUGCGUUGAGCCAUGCGAUUAUUCGCGAGGAUUCGGGUAAUUCGAUAAUUAGCUCGGAAGCUUCUGAACGGGUCACUGCCCUUAUCGAGGAUGAAACUUUGGAACUUGCGGGCGCACCGUGGGCCAAAGAAGGGAACUUAAAGCACAAGCAUCACCUCGACGGAGUCGACAAGAGGGCGAAGGACCGAAACUGGAAUGAAUGCUUUGCGGUGAUUCAGCAAGGCUGGAUGCGCUUGUUCUCAUUCAACGAGUCCUCCCGGUCUGUACGUCAAAAGGUCAAACAACGUCAAACGGGUGGCGUAGUGGUUGGAGGUGGAAAUUGGACAGAGAAUGCACAGGAGACAUGGAAAUUCCUCCUCCGUCAGACCAUUGCAAGUGCUCUCCCGUCACCUGGAUAUUCAAAGUCACGGCCCCACGUGUGGGCAUUGAGUCUGCCCACUGGGGCUGUUCAUCUUUUCCAAGCUGGCACUCCAGAGAUAGUGCGUGAAUUCGUUUCAACUGCCAAUUAUUGGAGUGCGAGGCUUUCUAAAGAACCCUUAAUUGGAGGAGUCAGUAACGUCGAAUAUGGAUGGAGUGAGAGUGUCGCGAAUAGCGCCCUGAUCCACGCCGAGAACAACAAGUCUCCACCCUCUUCAUCUGGACGGAUGAGUUUUCAAAGUUCGGUCAGGGGAUCUAUUGAUCAGCAAAGUGUACGACCGAGACUUCCAGCGGAUCGCAUCCACAUUAGUGACUGGGCGCCUCCGCAGCAGAGUAUGGUGGCCUCAUCAUUGUCCGAGGCUGAUCAGCUGCAGGCACUUCGGACGUAUGUCAGGAAUGUGGAGGACGAGCUGCAGAAGCAUAAUGAUCUCCGACCAGCGAUGACCCUUGCUUUCUCUCCACGUCACCCUAACGCGUCCAAGGCGAUGGCCAAUUGGGAGCGCAAGUCUUCCUACCUCUUGCGUGAAAUUGUGAAAUUCCGCACGUACAUAGACUCCCUUCAAGGCGCGCUGGAUCUGAAGGACAAAAUAUACGCAUCCCGUCAGGAUAGUAUCAACGCGGGCAAAGACGGCGAACCAGAGGGUGUUCCCGAAGAGGCCCUAGGUCCUUCCAGCGUUCCUGCGUAA